AUCAUUAGGUUCAAGCUUCGGCUCUUAUCGAAGAACGUUAUGAAGCAGUCAUCAACUGUGGCAGUCUCACCUGGCCGGCUCCAUGGCAAAACAAGACUUCUUUAUGUAUUUUUAUUUAUUUUCUGUCGUUUAUUCUCUGCAGCUCUCUUUGUCCUUUGAUCAAGUGUCUGCGGUUGUGGAAAAAAGUUUAGCGGGGCCCACAUCCCAAGAUAUCAGGGUUCAAAACAAUGGGUUGGCUGCCCAGAGCCACAGUGCUGCUUCCGAUGGGGAGAGUUCUUCGCUUAUAGCGGAGGACCCUCUCAGGAGAGUCCUGCAGCCCUAUGAGUGGCAGCUGGACUCCCCACACAGAACCAAACGGAGCCUACUACAGACAUCCAGCAUUCUUCCUUACUCUCCUCUGGGCGUGGUUUACAACAGCAAAACAUGUAUCCUGUUUAGGGCCAGGAAGCUUGCUAUCAGGUUCAGGAACAGCACCUUAGUGGAUCUCACAGAGAAGGCCUUCGGCCCCGAUGCACCAGUGGACACCAAAGGCUCUAUGUGCAGCAAAGACAAAGCUACGCUUGUACUACGUUUCGGAGAUGUGGAGGACUUGAGAGGACUUGCAAUUAGACUACAAAUGUCCAACACAUUCUAUGAGUCGGCAGGGCAGAACUGGUUCACUCUGGACAGCGUACACAUCCACUACAACUGGACCCAUGAGGCAACAUUCAACGCCACCGAGGUUUACGCUCCUAGUACCCACUCCUACCACUGUCAGCACGUCAGCAGUCUGCAGAAGUACGACACGCUGCUCGUACCCAGCUCCAUCACAGACAACUCUGCAAACUGGCACAUCACCUUCACAGACUUCCAGAUACAAUCGUUCAAUGUGCUGUCCAACAAGUUUGGCUCAGCCAGCGAUUGCGCUACGUUCUUCACCCCAGCUAUCCUCAUGGGUCUGAUCACCUCCCUCAUCCUUCUCCUGGUCCUGGCCUAUGCGCUGCACAUGGUGGUGCACCUCAAACACAUCGACACCUACGAAGAACACAAGACCACCGUCUACUUCCCCCGCAGCACAGAGUCUGCAGAAUGCUCCGGCACCACCAGCUCCGCUGCCACUGAAAAAAACAGCUUGUAGGACUCCGUUUCCCAGGAUCCACCUCAGUCUCCACCACUAGGAGUAUACUGUAAACUGUUUCUGUAGGUGUCAGAGAGUGACUAUGCAGGGGCUCUGACUAUGAGUUCUCUGAUAGCUGGCAGACUGACCGACUGACUGACUAAACUCAAUAUAUAAAGCAACCUCCCAUACUGAAGGGACAGAAAGACAUGGUCAUAUAGUCUGAACCUGAUAUGGUUGUCCACUUUUGCAUCACUGGGCUCAGGCAGUGGUUGUUCAAGCCAGGUAGUUCUAAUAAUUUGUGGCUCAGCAUCAUCUGGUGGAUUUGGAUACAGCUUUGGAGGUGAUCCUGAGACAUUGACCAGUUAUCGGGCAUUGCAAAUCAAAAACAAACUAAAUAUUAUGUACUCUUGAAUGAAAUUCAAACUGAUAUAAGAACAAAAAAGUAUUUGUUUAGUUCCUUGUCAGGACUAUAAAUGCUGGUAUAUAUACUGGAUAAAGAAGUUUCAUUUUAAUAACAAAACCGUACCCUAAAGGGUACAUACCGUAAAGGGUACAUACCCUAAAGGUAAUGCAGUAUAUACUUUUAUGUAAUUAAUCAAUGUGUUACAUUUUGGUGUUUCAGACCUGUGUUUUCAAGAACUUGUUAUUACGAGCUUUUGUGAAAAUAAUACUGUAUGUACAUUUCGGGCCCGUAUCCACAAAGCGUCUCAAGAGUAGAAAAUUGUUCGGAAAUUCUAAUAGAGACAUUUUACUCCUACUCUUAUUGGUAAAAAUAAAAGCUAUGCAUGAGUCCUCUUUAGUCAAUAAAGUCCCACCUAGUUGACAGAAAUUUAGGCGACCUCAUGAGUUGUCCUAAAGUACAUUUUUUAGCCUAGUGCGUUGAAGAAUUUAGGCAUAUCAUGUGAAAUAGGCUUGUGAAGUCAUUGUCAAAUAAGCAAGAGAUACUGUUGUAUGUAGGUCUAGAUUAUUUAUGGGUGGAUCAUAUAUAAAUAUCAAAACAUUAUUUUCAGGAUCAUAUAGCCAGGAGUAAAAUCAACUCAUAAAAGUUUAUCUCAGCUGGUAAUCACAACAUUUUGAGAUAGUGCAAAGGAAAGACAGUGAUGAUGCUCAUUGACGUUGCUGCAAAUGAUGGGGAAUAACCAAUUGUGACUUUUUUAACAACUCAAAAGCAAUUCCAUGUGGCGCAGGAACCACUGACUCGCUGCCCUUUUCUAUUAUUAAGACACCUGCUGGUAACUCUUAACUGGUUAGCCUUUCUAGGACACACGUUCCGCUAGCGGAACCCCACCACAACAUUUCGCUGAAAAGGCAGCGCGGGAAAUUCAAAAAUAUUUUUUUGAAAUAUGUAGCUUUCACACAUUAACAAGUCCAAUACAGCAAAUGAAAGAUAAACAUCUUGUUAAUCUACCCAGUGCGUCCGAUUUAAAAAAUGCUUUACAGCGAAAACACAACAUAUGAUUAUGUUAGAUCACCACCAAGUUCAAAAACACACAGCCAUUUUCCCAACCAAAGAUAGGAGUCACAAAAACAGAAAUAGAGAUAAAAUGAAUCACUAACCUUUGAUGAUCUUCAUCAGAUGACACUCAUAGGACAUCAUGUUACACAAUACAUGUAUUUUUUGUUCGAUAAUGUGCAUAUUUAUAUCCAAAAAUCUUAGUUUACACUGGCGCCAUGUUCAGAAAUGCCUCCAAAAUAUCCGGAGAAAUUGCAGAGAGCCACAUCUAUUAACAGAAAUAGCCAUCAUACACUUUGAUGAAAGAUACAUGUUUUACAUAGAAUUAAAGAUACACUUGUUCUUAAUGCAACCGCUGUGUCAGAUUUAAAAAAAAAUUUACGGAAAAAGCACACGAUGCAAUAAUCUGAGACGGCGCUCAGAUAAAAACAACAUUUCUCCGCCAUGUUGGAGUCAACAGAAAUACGAAAUUACAUCAUAAAUAUUCCCUUACCUUUGAUAAUCUUCAUCAGAAUGCACUCCCAGGAAUCCUAGUUCGACAAUAAAUUGUUGUUUUGUUCAAUAAUGUCAAUUAUUUAUGUCCAAAUAGCUACUUUUGCAAGUACGCGCUUGCAAUAUAUCCAAACGCUCGCGCAAGUCACGCAUUACGUCGGACGAAAACUUAAAAAAGUUAUAUCACAGGUCGAAUAAACUUGUCAAACUAAGUAGAGAAUCAAUCUUCAGGAUGUUGUUAUCAUAUAUAUCCAAUAACGUUCCAACCGGAGCAUUCCUUCGUGUCUGUAUAAGUUAUGGAACGCAAGGCGAUAUCAUGUGGAAUGCGCGUGACCAGGAACUGGCAAUCUGCCAGACCAAUGACUCAUUCCCCUCUCAUCCGGCCCCACAACACAGCAUAAACUUCAUUCAACGUUCUACCGACUGUUGACAUCUAGUGGAAGGCGUAGGAAGUGCAAACAAAUCCAUAUCUUCCUGGGAUUUGAAUAGGCGAUGAGUUGAAAAACAACCAGCCUCAAACAGUUUUAGAAACUUCAGAGUGUUUUCUAUCCAAUAGUAAUAAUAAUAUGCAUAUAUUAGCAUCUGGGACAGAGUAGGAGGCAGUUCACAAUGGGCACGCUAUUCAUCCAAAGUGAAAAUGCUGCCCCCUAUCCCUAAAAAGUUAAUCUUUAAUUAUCUACAUCAUGUUUUUUCAAGUUAUACCUUUGGAGCACAUUCUUAAAAAGUAUGCCUAAAUUGGGCAUGCCUGUAAUUGGCAAUUGAAGGCAUCUGGGGUUUCUGUAGCUUCCAGUUUGUACACCAGAUAUGUGAUGACUUAAUGUCCAUACUGAGCAGUACAGGAAAGCCCUACACAAAAAGCCACUAUAGAUUUUUCAACCAAGAUGUUCUUGGCAAUACUUUCUUCGUUCUCGAUUCGGUGAAAAAAAAACAGUGUUAGAAAAUGUGUCCAGUUGCAGAUGAUUCACCAAAAACCAGGUUGCACUGUGUGGCGCGCUGUCAUCAACCAAGAACAGCUUACUUCAAAAAUCUAUGGCAGCGCUUUGUACAAAACGUACAGGGCUUUACAAUAACGUCCGUAUGGAAACAUGGUUAUCACAUAUCUGUCAUACAAACGGAUGGCUAGGGCUUAUGUUCGAUCAAAAGACCUUUCGAACAUUGUCUGCAUCAUUAUCGGCAAGUUACUUGAUGCGUUAGCUACAGUGCCAAAACGAGUUAGAGUUGUUAAACGGGAGUGGAGUGUGUUGAUAUAACAAUAAUUUAGUAAAAAUUCUGCUUUUAAAAACCAUCAGAAUUGGUCAAUAUAAAUAAAUAUGAGUGAUAACAUAUUAGGCAAGAAUUAAGGGUAGGCAAAGUGAUCAUGUUGGGCGAAAAUUAUUAUUAGUUUUUCACCGUGGUUGUCUGAAGCGUGCUAUAGAGUUCACAGCUGGCGUGAUUACCAGCUGAGAUAAACUUUUAUGAGUUGAUUUUACUCCUGGCUCAGAGUUUGUCUAAGCAGUGACUUAACAUCAUCCUAAACCUACUCUGAGUUGGGAGAAAACAGUUUUUUUUUUCUGAGAUGCUUUGUGCAUAUGGCCCCUGGUUUUGUAAAUUUUCAAAUGUGUUUUCUUCUUACAGGUGGGCCUUCAGUAGUUUUACAGUUAAAACACUAUAUAGGCAACCAGACCUGGGUUCAAUUACUAUUUAAAAUAUCUCAAUUACUUUCACAUACAUUUGAAAUAAGAAUUCAGAAAUAUUUUAUUUGAAAAGUAGUAGUUGAAUAUAUUGAGUGUAUUUGGAAAUACACGUGGAAAGUAUUUGAAAAUACUCAAAUACACUGACUCAAAUACACUCCCAUGCAUUUAACCCAGGUAUUUGAAAAUAGUGUUCGAAAUAAGUAUUUGAAAAUACUCUCAAACACAAUUUGGUAGACUAUUUUCGUUUUGACAAAUAACCAUUAAAAUACUCAAAAGUAUUUGAAUCAAUUGGCAGAACCACAUCAACAAUUUAUUGUUGUUUAGUGAUAUGCAGCAUGCCCAUGGCUAGAAAAUAAAUGUGCAUACAACAGUAGCUUACUCUGAUGGGUAGAAUUGUGCAAUUUGUCUAGGAACCUAUCAUUAUGUACCUUUUAUUGAUCUGUAGGCUAUCUGUUUGGAAAAUUAAACCCAAGUUGGCUCAA